AUGCCCGCGCUGGUCUGUGCGCUCUGCUCGCUGCCCGUCCUUGCCGGCGCCCUUUCGGUCCAGACGGAGCUCCAUAGGGACCAGCGCAGGCGCAUGACCCCCGCGGGGGAGAAGCGGUUUGCCGAGCUCUCAAGCGGCGAGUGGGACAACUCGUCGCUUUCUGGGCCGGGCUCCAGGCCGGAGGUGUGCAAGCCGUUCGUGGAGUUUUUCCUCAAGUGGUUGGACGACCACAAGGAGGUGCAGUCCAUGGUGGAGGUGAGCGCGGGCCACUGGCCUUCUGGGUGGCAGCGCUUCGUGCCGUGGCCUCAGAUCGACUACACGGGCAUCGACCUGCUCGAGAGCGUGAUUGAGGCCGACAGGGACUACGUCAAGCAGAGGGGCAUAGCGGACAUUGGGUUGCACAAGAUGACCUUCCGGAAGGGCGACAUGCUGGACGACUCCACGAUGCCCAAGGCGGACCUCUUGUUCACCAAGGACACGAUCAUCCAUUUUCCCAACGCGGACAUCGCGGCGUUUGUCAACUCUACGGUGAUACAGUGCCCGCCAAAGUACAAGUAUGUGAUGUUCGUCCACGACUCGAGGAAGCGUGACAAGCGAAACAGGGACAUCACCAGAUUCGGCGAGUUCCACGGCGUCAACCUGCUGGGGGCGCCCUUCAACUACAAGGCCGAGACCAUCUUCCAAUGGAGAGCCAAGUUCGACAACAAGGUCCGCGUCGUCCAGCUCAUGGACCCAGCCCAGUACUGCCAUGAUUUUUGA